GGUCUCAUUUUGGCAGCUUAUCACAUUCGGCAGUGGGGUGCGCGCGACCAUGGCACAGAGCCGUUCAUUCGCUCGGUGGCCGCGUAGCCGUGAACUUGGCUCCCUGGCCCUGGGCUUAUCGGCGGCGCUGGCGGCCUAUAAUAGCCGGGCUGGCGACUCCCCCCGGUCCCAGAGCCGCCCGAGCCUCCGCCGCCAUGCUCCGUGCCUUGUGUUGCCUCGCCAUCAUCGCCGCAGCCUCCGCCUGCAAGCCCUGCACGUGCGGGGUGGCACGUGGUGCGCGCGUCAUCGGAGGCGGGCCCGCGGCACCGGGAGAGUUCCCGUGGCUGGGGGCGCUGCGCAAGGACGGCAAGUUCAUCUGCGGGGCCACCGUCGUCGCCGUCGACCACCUGUUGACCGCCUCGCACUGUGUGCAGGGGGUUGAAGCGUCCCGGUUAAACGUGCUUGUGGGAGAGUACGACGUAAACGAGUCGCAGUCGGAGGGUUUCCGCGUGGCGCACGUACUCCAACACCCCGACUUCAACGGUUACACCUACGACAACGACAUCGCCGUGCUUCGCUUGGCCGAGCCACUGCCGGACCACCUCUUCCGACCAGCCUGCUUGCCGGAAGACGGAGAUCACCUCAUUGGUGCCGAUGCCGUCGUAUCUGGAUGGGGCAGCACCGAAGAAAAAGGACCUACAUCUAACAUACCCAUGAAAGUGGAAGUAAAGAUCUGGGAACAAGAGGAGUGCUCGACAGCAGGGUACGGUCGGCGUAAGGUGACUCCGCGCAUGCUGUGCGCCAACGCGCCCGAGCGGGACUCGUGCACCGGCGACUCGGGCGGGCCGCUCGUGCUGCCUCGCCCGCACCACACCCUAGUUGGCAUAGUGUCGUGGGGGCGCGGCUGCGCGCGGCCGGGGUACCCCGGCGUGUACACGCGCGUCACCCGCUUCCUGCCGUGGCUGAAGGUCGCGCUGCGCCACGCCUGCUCCUGCUCGGCGCCACACUACUGACCCCAUCAGUGUUUGCGCAACAGACAUCAUUUCAAGGGUGGCAGCCCUAGAACUGUGCAAGCGUCUACACGGGACGCUAAAAUAAAACUG